CGCGGACUCAAGAACCAUGAUGGUCACCUUUCAACCGAUUGGUUGAUCUUUAAACGGCUGUAUCUGUUCUGUUACUUAUGCGCUUGACACUCCACUAGAGCUUUUGUGGACCUUCGUUUAACUGAAGAAGGUCUUUCGGAACUGCCAACCACGGGAAAUCCAGCGCUAUUCAACAUACCCGUACCUUUGUCACUACCGAUUACUACUACUAUUUUCACUGGGGGCUAUCUGAUAAUGUUGCAUAUCUUGGCAUUCAAGGAGUUCCUGGUCGAUUCUACUGAUACUUGAGAAAAGAAUUUUCGACAACGUCUUUUUGACUCACUCUUUAAGGUGCAACUCAAUCUAUUGUCUUUAUCUGUCCAUCUAUAGUAUAUCCAACAUGAACAGGGAGAUACCAGGGUUCUACUACGACCCAGAGAAAAAAAAGUACUUCAGGAUCGAGGCAAGCCACAAAGCGCCAGCAGGAUCUCAGUAUUCCAAAGAUGCUGUUAAGCGCAAACGCAAGGAUCAGGAGAAGCGCCAACGGAAAGUCCACCUCACUCGGAGGAUAGCAAAGGAAAAGAUCAAGAGAGCAACAUUCCUAACCAACCCUCUCAUUGGGGCAGAGCGGGAGAUCGGAACCCAGCUUGUGACCAAAAGUGCCCGGCAAGAUCAACGGGGUUUGUUAUAUGCUGGCCAACUUCGCCGAAACCAGUUGCACCAAUUUGAGCCGUGGCCGGAUGAAUACUCUAUUAAACAUGUAUUGCGCAAUCAACGGUCCGGGAUUCUGGUCGCUAGCGGCCAUCGCGGUGGUGAAUCUUCUGUUUCAAUAUGCUUCCCAGACUGCGAUCAGGAAAAAUGGACUUACAACCGGACAAUGGAACGGGUACUCUUUAAAGAACCUUAUAGGCUGUCUUCCAUCUCGUUAAGCCAUACUGGAUACUUACUAGCGACAAUGGAUAGCGGUCCGAACGGCGACUCAUUUCUCGCACCACGAAUGCUUCCCGAUCCUGACGAGGGUGGGGAUUACCGCUGGCCUCCAAGCUUUUCCCACCCAGUUCGCCUCCGCAUGGCAUCAUCGCUCUGGUGCUCCGCGCCCUGCCCCGUAGGUACCAUGCCCUUUUUCGCGAUCGGCACCUCAGACGGGCUUCAUACAUUGGAAGGCUUCGGAAGCUACUGGGCCUUAUCAAAGAAAUCAUUUGCGAACGAUGUAUACACGGGAAAACCGAUCCUUCACCGACGGAUAGAUUCGUCCCAUGCCCUGGUUAGUAGCGUGGAAUGGCUCUCCGCCCAAGUCAUCGCCGCGGGACUCAAAGACUCGGCGAUAUUCCUUCACGACCUUCGCAGUGCCGGAACGGCAACGAGACUCCAGCAUUCGCAUGCCGUCACUAAAAUCAAAAGCGUUGAUCCAUAUCGCAUGGUUGUGGCCGGAAUAAACUCACUGAAAAUGUACGACAUCCGCUACCCAGCAAAUGGCCUUCAACGCAACCCCAAUCCCAAUAGCAAACACCACACCUCGACCAAGCCAUACCUCAGUUUCUCAGAUUAUUCACCCGAGAUUAUACCCGAUUUUGAUAUUAGCCCUGAACUGGGUCUCCUAGCGAGUGCAUCCGAUGAGCGCAAGAUUCAGCUGUUUUCACUUCGAACCGGUGAGCAGGUUUCUUCACCUCUAUCGAAAUAUCAGUACGAUCAUUCCAUCUCUUCAGUUUGCUUUGAGUCUGGGAAUGGAUCUUUGCAUGGGCCACAAACUCCAAGCAUAUUGGUGUGUGCGAAAGAUACGGUGGACGAAUGGAUUUGGUGAAGCGAUACAUGAUAUAUUUCAUGAAUGCCAGCCAUGAUUGCAACCUAAUGAACGAUGUUACAUAUCUGAAUUACAUAAUUUAUUAC